AGAGAGAGAGAGAGGAAAGGGAGAAGGAAGCGAGGAUCUCGUUAUAAAUACACCGAUCCGAGGCGUGAUGCUCACAGUCAGUCAUGCAACGGCAUCAAGCAAAACUCAUCGGCCUUUUGGCCAUACUCGCGGUUAGCGUUCAGGCUGAAGAUCACCAUAGAGCGCGUCGCGGCGGAGGCGGAGCAGGAUUCGGCGGCGCUGGCGCGUUCAGCAGUGCGAGCUCAUCCGCAUCCUCAUUCAGCGGAGGCGGAAAUGCUAAAUCGAGCUCAACUUCCUACGCAAGCGGUGGCGGUUCGGCAGGUGCGACCGCAUCAGCUGGAAGCACGAACACCGGAGGCGGUUCCAUCUCUGACAUCGGUCAGGCCGGAGGCUUGGGAAAGGGUUUCGAAUACUCCAAUGGUGGAAAUCUAGGAGCCGGAGGUGGAUAUCAAGGAAGCGGCGGCGGUCACUUAGGAGGUGGCGGCGGAUAUCAAGGAGGUGGCGGCGGAUAUCAAGGAGGUGGCAGCGGUGGAUUCGGCGGCGGCAAUUUCGGUGGCGGAUACAGCGGCGCUGCCGCCAACGCCGGAGCUGCCGGGGCCGGUUACGGAGGCGGAAACCAUGGCUUAGGCCAGAGUGGAAGUUACGGACAGUCCCAGGGCGGUGCAUUCGGCCAAAGCCAAGGAGGUGUCGGAGGCAUCAGGGGCAACGGUGGCAAUCAGGGUUACGGCGGCGGUUAUAACCAAGGUGCUCACCAAGGCUAUGGCGGUGGCGGCGGCGGUUACGGCCAACCCGGCUUCGGGAGCGGCGGAGGUGCUAGUGCGGGUGCGAAUUCUGGUGCGAUCGCCGGAGGCUUGGGAAGCGGUGGCUCUGGGAUUUACGGCGGGAACAAAGGACUCCAGCAGGGCUAUCCAAGUGGUGGCAACGGCCAAUUUGGCUCCGGAGGUUGGGGAGGCAAUGGAGGCUGGGGGGGCAGUGGAGGCGGCAGCGCGAGUGCGAAUGCCCUUGCGAGUGCCACUGCAAAUGCCGGUGCGAAUGGUGGAAGCCUUGGCAACGGAGGUUACGGGGGUUACCCCGGCGGCGGAGGCGGCAUCCACGGCGGCUACGGCGGCGUUCCCGGAGGUUUGGCGAACCCGGCUGGAAGUUACGGCGGCGGAAUCGGAGGUGGCUCGGCGCAAGCAGAGGCGGACGCGAAGGCGGGGUCGAAUUUUGGUGGACCUGACCAUGGUUUUGGCAUCUUUUCACGUAUCGGUGAUGCCGACGAGGGUAUAAGCAAGUCCGGCACCGUCGAUGGCGCCAAAGGUGUCUUCAGCUCCAGCCAAGUUGAGAUUAACGACAAGGGCAAAGGAACGUACAAGGUUAACGCUGGGAAGUUUCGUUAAACGAAAAAGUGAACCACAAUACUAAGAAUCCCGAGACGAAAUAACUGUUUCUUAGUUUGUUGUUAUUAUUAUUAUUAAUACCAUUGUCAUUAUACAGUAUAAUUUCGAUAGUGAUAGAAUGGAAAUCAAUGGACAUCGACAACUAUAAAAAUAAUAACUGUAAUAAUGAUGAACUGUAUUGAACCACGAUGUGCAAUUACUUGGAAGAGAAGAAAAAAAUGUAAAACAUAAUUUAUAAUUGUUGUAUUUGUCCUCGUUAUGCAAUCGCGGGUGUUGCACGAAAGCAAGUUAUUCCGUUUAUUCUAUUUCUUUUUUUUUUUUAUAAAAAAAUUUCAAUUGCUUAUUGCUGUCAAAUUUAUGUACACCGUAAAUCGCGGACGUUGACCAGAUAAGUAUAAAUGCAUAACAGUGAUAUACAUAAACCCUAUGUAUACAGAUAAUGUUAUGCUCUAUUGUAACGCUCGAAUAUAAUCUACAGUAGUGCUGCGAUGUGAUAAAACUUGAAUCCAAUUCGUAAAAUAAACGAAAAGAUUUUUUUUAUGUAAA